GUGGUUCGCUUAGCACUCCCUACAUUGUUAUCGGAUUUCCUUGAGAGAGAGGACAGCCUUGCGCUUGUUACCUCAUAUAAAGCUGUGUUUUCUCGCUCCCUUAGACGAAGCCCUGCAUUAUCAUUCAAUCAUUCUGCCUUGAAAUAAACUGUUCGGUCUCAAUGAUGGAGCACGCAUCAGCAACAUCGCUACCAGCUAUGGACGACACCUGGAAGUCUAUCGAAGCCUUGGCAGCACAAGAUUCAGCUCAGCCUUCUAGACUGUCGACUUUGGAGCGGAACAACCAGAAAUGGGAUGCGCACAAAGAUGAGAUACGGCACAUAUAUCUUGAUGAAGAUAAAACUCUACAAGAGACAAUGCAAGCCAUAGAGUCAACCCAUCACUUCAAAGCAAGUGUCCGGAAAUGGAAAAUGAGACUCAAAGAAUGGAACUUUGAGAAGAAUAUACCAUCCAAAGAGAUGGGUUUCAUGGUCGAAAAAGCCGAGAAACGCAAGCGAGAAGAAGGGAAGGAGACCAAGUUUAUGCGUAAUGGAUUUCAAGUACCUUUGCAGAGACUCGAUUAUUCAAGAAACGGAGAACAAAUGAUACCAUGGACUCUGGAAUACACGAAGCAGAUAAGUGACUAAUUACAAUGUCUGUUGGAGAAAGGGACUUUGCUUACCAUUAUAGGAACUCCGGCGAAUAUAUCAUAUCAGACUCCCAGCAUUACUGAACUCGACCCGGACUCCCCUGAAGAUGGCAACGAUGAGGUUUCCGAAUCUUGGACUCACGAUGGAUACUUGGACUAUACAUCCAGUGUAGAUUCUGGAUCU